AUGGCAAUUUGUGCAGUUUACACAACCCAACUGAACCCAACAUGUUCGUUUUCCACACCAGCAUCAAAAACCCAAACCCAGCUGGGAUUUGGAUUUGGGUUCUGCCAGAAGCAGCAGGUGGUGUUUUACAAGAGAAGUCAAAGUAGUAGCAGGAGAGCAAGUGUGAGUUUGAUAACAUGCUCCGCGGGUGGCCAAGAGACGGUGGUGAUUGGUCUAGCAGCAGACUCAGGGUGUGGGAAGAGCACAUUCAUGAGGAGGCUGACGAGCGUGUUCGGAGGAGCCGCGGAGCCACCCAAGGGAGGCAACCCGGACUCGAACACGCUCAUCAGCGACACUACGACAGUCAUAUGCUUGGAUGAUUACCACUCUCUGGAUAGGACAGGGAGGAAGGAGAAGGGGGUGACUGCUCUUGACCCAAGAGCCAACAACUUUGAUCUCAUGUAUGAGCAGGUCAAGGCAAUCAAGGAAGGGAAAGCUGUUGAUAAGCCCAUUUACAACCAUGUCUCUGGUCUCUUGGACCCUCCUGAGCUCAUCAAGCCCCCCAAGAUUCUUGUCAUUGAAGGCUUGCACCCAAUGUAUGAUCAGCGAGUUAGGGACCUGUUGGACUUCAGCAUCUACUUGGACAUCAGCAAUGAGGUCAAGUUUGCAUGGAAAAUUCAGAGGGACAUGGCAGAGCGCGGUCACAGUCUUGAGAGCAUCAAAGCCAGUAUUGAAGCCCGGAAGCCUGAUUUCGAUGCUUAUAUUGAUCCACAAAAGCAGUAUGCUGAUGCAGUGAUUGAAGUGUUGCCAACCGAAUUGAUUCCAGGGGAUAAUGAGGGGAAGGUAUUGAGAGUGAGGUUGAUCAUGAAAGAAGGUGUGAAAUUUUUCAACCCAGUCUACUUGUUUGAUGAGGGCUCCACCAUCUCCUGGAUACCAUGUGGAAGGAAGCUCACCUGCUCUUACCCUGGAAUCAAGUUCACCUAUGGCCCUGACACUUACUUUGGCAAUGAGGUGUCUGUGUUGGAGAUGGAUGGGCAAUUUGACAGAUUAGAUGAGCUGAUCUAUGUAGAAAGCCAUCUGAGCAACAUCUCCACCAAAUUCUAUGGAGAAGUCACCCAACAAAUGUUGAAGCUUUCGGACUUCCCCGGCAGCAACAACGGCACUGGUCUCUUCCAAACCAUAGUCGGAUUAAAGAUCCGAGACCUCUUUGAGCAGCUCAUUGCAAGCAAGGCCAAAACUCCAGUAGAAGCAACUAGAGCUUAA